CCAGCCUGUCAGACACACACAGGCAGUGCUGUGUACUUGAAUCUCUUUCACAGGGAUUGUUCUUAGUCAGAUCUCUUUCUAUUGAGAAAUUUACAUCAACAUGGGGAACACACACUGGCGUGCUGAGGACGCAGCCCACAUUGCCUCUAUUGCUCGAGACAUCUGCCCUUUUCCGAGCUACAGCCCCAGUCCUCUUUUCACAGACAUGCUCUCCAUCAACUCAUCCUUUCACCUGAGGAGUCACUACACGGCAGUGCAGUCCUCCCUGACCCCCGUGCAGCUGGAGGACUUCACCCAGAACCUGAGGACCACUUUUGGCAGGGAGGGCAAAGUCACUCUCGGUGGGGUGGGGGUAGUGGCCUUGUCCCUGGCUGUGCUGUUUGACACCCUUGCCAGACAGGCCAGAGGAGAGUGGGUGCCAGACUCAGGGCCGAUUCCUGGUUUAUUUGUCAAAGACCCAAGAGGCUACUACCCACCGUACAUCUACACGGCCAGUGAGUACCUGAGGCUGGUGCCCCACAUUGCAAACAACCCCACCAGGAUGAUGAAGGAGACAGAGAGGUACCUCCGGCGGUUAAAAGCUGAUGACCAAUCUUUGGACAAACUGGGAGAAAACCACACAUUACAGCUAAAUGAAGACAUCACAGCACUCAAUGUGAUUCUGGGACGCGCUUUUGCAUUCAGUUUGAAGCUUCACCUCCUCCGAUUCAAAAACAUCACAAAUGAUGAAUUUCUUUUCGAUGAGAGAAUAUUACCAGAUGAUAUGAUCUUUAAUCUGAACUGUGACCCAGAGGCUGCUGACAAAGAAUUUUUGGCUGAAGUGCAAAAAUCUGACAACCACACCCAAGAAGCUUUUAAAAGAUGCAAGCCAGACAGUGAUAUACCAACUACAUGGCUGCAGCAUUUUGCCCAUCUAGUAUGGCUAGAUGCCAUCUACGUCCCCUUGUAUGGAAACACACAUAAAUAUGCUUCAUUGAUUGCACAAAGAGAAGAUUUUGACCUGAAGGCCGAUGCACUCAGAAAAUGGGUUGAGUAGCGUACUGCCCAAGACAGCUGAGAAGAAAAGGGGGUGGCUGUCAGCUGGGACACUUUUUCAUCAACACAAAAAAUAACCUUCCAUUACUUGGACAGUAAUAAAAGCAGGUCUCUAAAAAGAUGCAGGUGUGUGAUUACAAUUUAUCAGUUUUUUUGAGCCCAAAUGUUAAGGGCAUGAUUUUGUUAAAUGUACAAGGAGUGCAUUUUUCUAAAAAUCCGCAUUGAUUUAGACAUCUAAAUAUAUAAUAUUGAAAAGAAAAACAGUGCAAUCUACUUUUGAACACCAUUCAUUUCAGUGGCACUUAUUAGCUCAAUGUGACAACCAUAGGCUACAUGUAGCAUAUAGGUUUAUGUAGGCUAUUUAGAUUGUUUCAUUUUGCAAUAACAAAAGGUCUAUGAAAGAAAAAAGUUAAAUUGUUGAACUCUACACACUGAAAAUAUGCUUAAGGGUUGAAGUGAAUGCCAAUAUGGCGUUCAUGCAUUUAUAAACAUGACCAAAUCAGGGACUAAUUUUGUUACAAAGUUGCAUAAUUGCUUAGAGUUGGUUCAUGUUCUUAUGGCAGCAUUUACAGGCAGACCAGAUAAAAUGCCUUGCGCAAGAACGCUGCUCUUGAUUGGUCAGAAUUUCCAUGUGGGAAAAAUCCAGGAAGUGAAGAAAACACUGACAAAGAGUACACUUGCAAGAUAAAUUUGACACUUUCUAAUGUCACAUUGGAGAGAUAACUACAGGGUUUUUCAGCACUGGUCAUCAUGUGUCAUAUUGCUUGCAUUGUUCUCUUUAGGUAAACCAUACAGUUUGAAAACAAGACAUGGCUCCAACUAGAAAAAAAUGUUUUGAUGCAUUGGAUGCGCCAAAUAUGCAUAUUAAGGCAGUACAGGAGGAGGCGCACACUAAUAAUCCUCGGGGACUGUAACAUGCUCAUGCUUGUUUAACCCAAACAAUAUGUAAUGCGACUGCAGUCGGUUCGAACUGAGGUUGGGAAACAGUCUCACCACAAAUUAACUGCUGCACCACUUCUUAAAGAAGGUCUCGGUUCAGUUGUUUUUGUGCGCACUCGAGUGCAAUUGUUGUGUUCACACCUGCCCAAAUGAACCACACUUAGGGGGCAAACAAACUUGAGUCGGUUUGUACCAAACCAAACACGGCAGGUGUGAAAGCACCCUCAAACUCUUAAUAGGCUAAACAUACCAUAAAACAGAGACUAUGGGUUAUAACCUAAAGCAAGUGCAUUAAAAACAUUUCAUUUAUAUUAACUGUCUUAGCAGUCUAAAUCCCAGGCUAAACAUGACUCAAAGCAUAACAUGGGCAACAGGAUAAACCAAGUGAAUUAGAUUAUUCAAUAAUGAAAAGCCUCUGUCUUGUUUUUGUCUAGGUUUUGUUGAUUUGUAACAAGGAAGGAACUAUAAAUAAUACCGUCAACCACCUACAGGUAACUAUCCCAACCAUCCCAGGGAGAACAGACACAAUUUGGACUCCUGUGCUAACUACCAACAAAAAUUCAGACAGCUAACGCUAGCAUCAUCUAAUAGACUAGAAAUUCAGCUUUGCAAUUGUAUGUUUUUGGUAUGUGGGAUAACUACAUUUUUUUAUGGUAGAAGAAAAAUAAAACAAAUAAAAAAAUUACUUACAUGCUGUAGUUUUCAAAACUGUGACUAAAAUGUGAGGAAAAGUCAUAAAGUCUCCACUUUGAGGUUGAAAGUGAAGAGAGUGUGGCUGAGUAUAAGCAUUAUGAAUGGCAUAGGCAUCGUUUGGUUUUUCUGACUUGCUAUAAAGGCGCUAACCCAAUUGACCCCCUGUCCCAAUUGACCCCAGUCUCCCCUAAGUAAAGUGGAACAUCAAACCAGUGGAAUACAUAAAGCCAGAUUAGCUAUUGAUAAAUGUGUAUGGACAUAAUGCAGGAUAGCAUGGGACAAAGGAGUUGUGAUAUAUUUUGACAUCUGAUAUAGUUUUUCUCUUUUUCUUUGUUAAUCUGCUUGUUUGUUUGACAUUUGCGACCAUUUUGUUCUAUGUGCAUUCAAACAGGAAAUAAAGGAAAUGUACAAAAAAAUGAAUCAACAUAGUUCCCAAAAUGUUGAACUUUAAAAAAUAUUCAUAGUGUUGUUAUUUUAGUUGAACCUAAAGUUAAUACAAACUCAAUCAGGUGAGUUCAGGGACCUUCCAGUCAUAUAACCUGCAGUUAUUCUACAAGUAAACUACCAUUAUGUUUGUUAGGCUUAAUCACAGGCCCCUAUCUAUCACUGUUGGGUAAGACUUAUUGACUUAUUAAGGUUGUGCAUACAGUCGCUGCACCUUUACUCUUUCCUGGCAAACAUUAGAUCAGAUGGUGAAGUUGUGCACAAAAACUGAUCAAGAUCAAGUAAAAAACAGUUUACCGUAACCCAAGUGCAAACAUCUCUGGAAAACAGAUAUGCAUAUGUGUCAGUGUCUUCCUCCGUAGACUUUUGGGUUUUGCUCUGUUUUUGGUUGUGAAAUGUUUAAAAGGCACAUUUCACUUCCCACACUUUUUGUCUUUUCCAGGUCCAAUAAUGGUCCAUCUGGCAGAGACUUUAAAGCCCUUAAAAUACUUCUUAGAUUAGCACUGUGGAAUACAUGUAUGGGACUUUUGUUUUUCAUUUUUUAUGACCAUGAUAUGCAAAUACUUGUGCAAUGUUUACCAUGUUUACCAUCUUAGUUUAGCAUAUCAGUAGCUGAGGCUGAUAGGAGUGUGAAAUUUGAAAGUAUUAAGUCAAAACCAAAGUAUUGGUUAAAUAUACAUUUUUUUCCAAUUCAGUGAUUACCAUCUGCACACCUUAUUUGACAUAUGUGUCUGUUGGUGAUCUCUAACCUACUUUAUCUGUCUGCUGGACGUUUUUUUUCUUCUUCUUUUGUAAUUUUCAGCCAGGCAGUCAGUGUGUCACUGUGCAUGUAAGUGUGCUUUGGCAAGAUGAGGAACUGAUCAAACAUGAGUGCAAGAGACAGGCACAGAGAGUCCCAUAUUAGAGGAAGCCGCUAAAUAAUAAUUAAUUACAGUUUGGAUGUCAUGAUCCCUCCCUGACUUUAUAAAUGGUGUCCAGGGCCAGCCUGUCAGACACACACAGGCACUGCUGUGUAGAUGAAUCUUUCUUGCAGCGACCGAUCUUUGUCAAAUCAACUGACAAAUUCACAUCAGGAUGGGGAACAUGCAAUGCCCUGCUCAGGACGCAGCCCUCCUGGCCUCUGUUGCUCGAGACAUCUGCCCUUUUCCAAACUACAGCCCCAGUCCUCUUUUUGCAGACUUGCUCUCCAGCAACUCAUCUUCUCACCUGAGGAACCACUACACAGCAGUGCAGUCCUCCCUGACCCCCGUGCAGCUGGAGGACUUCACCCAGAACCUGAGGACCACUUUUGGCAGGGGGGGCAAAGUCACUCUCGGUGGGGUAGGGGUAGUGGCCUUGUCCCUGGCUGUGUUGUUUGACACUCUUGCUAGACAGGCCAGAGGAGAGUGGGUGCCAGACUCAGGGCCUAUUCCUGGUUUAUUUGUCAAAGACCUGAGAGGGUACUACCCACCACAUGUCUACACAGUCAGUGAGUACCUGAGGCUCGUACCCCACAUUGCGAACAACCCCACCAGGAUGAGAAAGGAGACAGAGAGGUACUUCAGGCAACUCAUGAUUGAUGAACGAACUGUGAACAGAGAUCCAUACCUUACCAACGAUGCCAUCUUAGGGGUCAACGAGUUGUUUGGGAAUUUAUUUGAAAACAGUUUGCACGUUCACCUCCUCCGUAUUACCAACUCUACAGUUGUAGAUAAUAUAAUGAAGUCUGUUAGAAACACUGAAAUAAGAGGUAAUGCAACUCAUGUCAGCAAAUCCAGAAAGAGACGUUUGCCUCCCCCUGAAAACUCAGUUAUCUUCAACCUCAACUGUGAUCCAGAUGCAGCUAGCAAAGUUUUUUUGGCUGAAGUGAACAAAACAAACGACGUGCAAGAGGCUUAUAAACGAUGUCUACCUUCCAACAUACCAAAGACAUGGUUGCAUUUCAUUGCCAGGCUAGUCUGGCUAGAUGUAAUCAACAACCCCAUGUUUGACAUAAAUAGUUUAAAGGAAUCACUGGUAGGUCAAAAAGAAGAAGAUUUUGACCUAAAGGCCAAUGCACUCAGAAAAUGGGCAGAGUAGUUCACUGGUCAACUGUCCAAAUGCAGAUGAAAAAAUGAAAUAAAAGUUUAUCACACUGUAA